CCCCGCUCCCGGGCCGUGCCGGCCGAGGCUGUGCCGGCUCCCACGGCUCCCACGGCUCCCGCGCCUCCCGGCUGGCCGAUGCUGCGGGCGCCUCCGGGGGAAGCCGCGGGUGGCGCGCUCGCCGGCUGGCCCUGCAAGGGGACCUGUGUCAACUCUGUCUGAAGCAGGCUGGGACUGAAGAGGCGGGGAAAGCAAGUAUGCUAAACUACUGGCGGACUGCGGAGGAGAGGGGUCCCGUCUUCUCCUGAUGUUUAAAAAAAAAAAAAAAAGUAAAGCGAUUUCUGCUGCGAGCCUAAGACGGGCGAGCCGCCCGAGAUCUCUUCAAGAUACCCCAGGGGAGGAGGUGAUGGGCUGGAUUUAGUAGGACAACUCGAUUACUAAUGACUCCGCGGCUGGCUGCGACCCGCCGGGAAAUCAGGUUUGCCUGUAGGUACCUGAACUGACACCGACGGUGCCUAAAGAUGCUGAGCGGCGUUUGGUUCCUCAGUGUGUUAACCGUGGCCGGGAUCUUACAGACGGAGAGCCGCAAAACUGCCAAAGACAUUUGCAAGAUCCGCUGCCUGUGCGAAGAGAAGGAAAACGUACUGAAUAUUAACUGCGAAAACAAAGGAUUUACAACUGUCAGCCUGCUCCAGCCCCCCCAGUAUCGAAUCUACCAGCUUUUCCUCAAUGGAAACCUCCUGACCAGACUGUACCCUAACGAGUUCGUCAAUUACUCCAACGCGGUGACUCUCCACCUGGGCAACAACGGGCUGCAGGAGAUCCGCACCGGGGCAUUCAGCGGCCUCAAAACCCUCAAGAGACUGCACCUCAACAACAACAAGCUCGAGGUGCUGAGGGAAGACACCUUCCUCGGCCUGGAGAACCUCGAGUACCUCCAGGCCGACUACAAUUACAUCAGUGCCAUCGAGGCAGGGGCGUUCAGCAAACUGAAUAAGCUCAAAGUGCUCAUCCUGAAUGACAACCUUCUGCUGUCGCUGCCCAGCAAUGUGUUCCGCUUCGUCCUGCUGACCCACUUAGACCUGAGAGGGAACAGGCUGAAAGUGAUGCCUUUCGCGGGCGUCCUGGAGCAUAUCGGAGGGAUCAUGGAGAUUCAGCUGGAGGAAAACCCAUGGAAUUGCACCUGUGACUUGCUUCCUCUCAAAGCCUGGCUGGACACCAUAACUGUUUUUGUCGGGGAGAUUGUCUGUGAAACUCCCUUUAGAUUGCAUGGGAAAGAUGUGACCCAACUGACCAGGCAAGAUCUCUGUCCCAGAAAAAGCACUGGUGACUCCAGUCAGAGGGGCGGCCACGCUGACACGCAUGUCCAGAGGCUGUCGCCUACAAUGAAUCCUGCUCUCAACCCAACCAGGGCUCCCAAAGCCAGCCGGCCACCCAAAAUGAGAAAUCGCCCAACUCCCCGGGUCACCGUGUCAAAGGACAGGCAGAGCUUUGGACCGAUCAUGGUGUACCAGACCAAGUCCCCUGUACCCCUCACCUGCCCCAGUAGCUGUGUCUGCACCUCUCAGAGCUCAGACAAUGGUCUAAAUGUAAAUUGUCAAGAAAGGAAGUUCACGAACAUCUCCGACCUGCAGCCCAAACCCACCAGUCCAAAGAAGCUCUACCUGACAGGGAACUAUCUCCAAACUGUCUACAGGAACGACCUCUUAGAAUACAGUUCUUUGGAUUUGUUGCAUCUAGGAAACAACAGGAUUGCAGUCAUUCAGGAAGGUGCCUUCACAAACCUGACCAGCCUACGCAGACUUUAUCUGAAUGGCAAUUACCUUGAAGUGCUGUAUCCUUCCAUGUUUGAUGGACUGCAGAGCUUGCAGUAUCUCUAUUUAGAGUAUAAUGUCAUUAAGGAAAUUAAACCACUGACCUUCGAUGCUUUGAUUAACCUACAGCUACUGUUUCUCAAUAACAACCUGCUGCGGUCCCUGCCCGAUAAUAUAUUUGGGGGAACAGCCCUGACCAGGCUGAACCUGAGAAACAACCAUUUUUCUCACCUGCCUGUGAAAGGGGUUCUGGACCAGCUUCCAGCUUUUAUUCAGAUAGAUCUGCAAGAGAACCCCUGGGACUGCACCUGCGACAUCAUGGGCCUCAAGGACUGGACAGAACAUGCCAACUCCCCCGUCAUCAUCAAUGAGGUGACCUGUGAAUCUCCCGCGAAGCAUGCAGGGGAGAUACUGAAGUUUCUGGGGAGGGAAGCAAUUUGUCCAGACAGCCCGAACUUGUCAGACGGAACCGUUCUGUCCAUGAAUCACAACACAGACACCCCUCGGUCGCUUACCGUGUCUCCCAGUUCCUACCCAGAACUACACACUGAAGUUCCUCUCUCUGUCUUAAUUUUAGGAUUGCUUGUCGUCUUUAUCUUAUCAGUCUGUUUCGGGGCUGGCUUAUUUGUCUUUGUCCUGAAACGCAGAAAGGGGGUGCCAAGCGUUCCGAGGAGUGCCAACAACUUAGACGUAAGUUCCUUCCAGUUACAGUAUGGGUCUUACAACACUGAGACUCAGGACAAGACAGAUGGCCACGUCUAUAACUAUAUCCCCCCGCCUGUGGGGCAGAUGUGCCAAAACCCCAUCUACAUGCAGAAGGAAGGAGACCCAGUAGCCUAUUACCGAAACCUGCAAGAAUUCAGCUACGGCAACCUGGAGGAGAAGAAAGAAGAGCCAGCCACGCUCGCUUACACUAUAAGUGCCUCCGAGUUGCUCGAAAAGCAAGCCACGCCGAGAGAGCCCGAGCUGCUGUAUCAGAAUAUUGCUGAGCGAGUCAAGGAACUUCCCAGUGCAGGACUGGUCCACUAUAACUUUUGUACCUUACCUAAAAGGCAGUUCGCCCCUUCCUAUGAAUCUCGACGCCAAAACCAGGACAGAAUCAAUAAAACCGUUUUAUACGGAACUCCCAGGAAAUGCUUUGUGGGGCAGUCAAAACCCGACCACCCUUUACUGCAAGCUAAGCCGCAAUCAGAACCAGACUACCUCGAAGUUCUGGAGAAACAAACUGCAAUCAGUCAGCUGUGAAGGGAAACCACUUACAACCCUAUAGCAUCCAAGGAUGCUGCUCCAAACUGUUGGAGGCACUACAUUUGCUUUUGUGUGUGUUUGUGUUCUCCCUCUCUCAGCAUCAAUGGGGGACUUUGAAAAUGUUUGGGGGAUGGGGUGAAGCAAUGAUACUGCUUUUCCAAGUUUUCCUUUAAGUUAUUUCUCUCUUGCUCCCCCCCCCACCUUCCCCCCCCUUCUCUCCUUAGGAGUCAUCAUUGAACAUGAAUGUUUCUACAGUGCAUUUUUUUCAUAUAUUUUGUUUAUGGUUUUGUUCCUUUUUUCCUCUUUUAUUUUUCCAGUGUGGGAAUGGGAAGAGGCGAUUAUAGUGAAUGAAGAAAGAGUAAGCAAACUUUUCACGUAAAAAUGGAUAUUUAGUGUAUUUUGUAGAAGAUCUCCAAAGAUCUUUUGAGACUAUAAAUUCUUUUGUAAAUAAUGAUAUAUGGUAUUUCUGUCUUCAGUUACCAAGUAUAGCCACUAGGCAUCACUUCUUUGUGUUAAAGUGCCUUUGCACUUUAAGUACAUUACUUAAAUGUUGCUUUUAGCUUUGAUAAAUUGAACAUAUUUUAAUGUGUUGUAUUUUUGAAAUUAAAAACACUGUAAAAUAGAUAAAAAUGUCAGCUAUAUUAAGUCAACGUACAGUUUGCUUGAGUUAUAGAAACCAGCCUGUCAUCAAAUGAUUCUAGUUGUAGGACUUUAGAGAUUUAACUGUAAAAUAUUUCCUUUCCUCUGGGUUUGUUCUAAGUGAUUUUAUUUAAGUCAACUAAGGGGAUUUAACAGUGGACUAGAGGUAAGAAACUGCCUCCGUCGGGAUUAGUAAUUCAUUAAUAAAAUAUAUUUAACCCAA